GCCAAUCGAGCAUAUGUUCGCUGUGCUCUCAGCGGCAAGAGGAAGCAUCAAAACAAAGAAAAUUUUAAAAAGAAUUGUCUACUUAACGCAAGCAAAUAAACAAAAUGUGAUGCAUGCAUAACAAAGUAGAUCAUAUUUGACGCCACAAAAUGGACAAGUCGAGCGCUUACGAGAAAUUCAUUAGCCAUGUGGACCAGCUGCGUAACACGGAAUGCAGCCAAAAGCAAAAGAUUGCCUGCUUUCAGCAAAUUGCCGAAUGCAUUAUGUCAAAGGCUUUGGCCGGCCACAUCAAUUAUGCCGCACACUGUGGCACGGCCACCAAUGUGUUGUUGCUAUUUUGCGAGGAUUUCGACUCGGUGGUGCGCAUGAGCGCCGAAGAGAAUCUAAACAAAAUCUUUCGUGCUCUGGAAAAGACGCGAGUCAGUCGCAUACUGAUGGACUUAUAUGGUGAGAUCAAGCGGAACGGUAAUCAGCGAUCGCUUCGCAUUUGCCUAAAUUUGUUUUCGUACUACUCGCCGCAAAUCAAGGAGAAACACAUCAAAUGGUACGCUGUGAGGCUGCUGCAAUGCAUCUCCAUCAUGUCACAGCGCAAGGAGACGCUGCUACAGGAGACGCUUUCUGAUUUCGUCAAACAUUUUGGACGCUACGUACAGCAGGGUCUCAAUGAUAGUGAAACGUGCAAACUGUUAGAGACAUUCCUUGGCAACAUCAGCUCGGAUUGCGCAGUGAAGCGUCGUUGCUCGGCACAAAAUUGCAUCAGCUUGAUUGAGCAUGCGCGCAAUAGAAGUCUCAUGGCCAGGCAUGGGCUAAGCAAAGUGAUUGAAAUGCUGCUAAUGGAUCAACAGACGAGCUGCGUGCUGGGCGCUUUGGGUUUGUUGCGUCUGCUGCUGCCGCAGCUGAUACGUGGCUACUCUGCUGAUUGCCAGGACGACGGUGACUCCUUGGCGGAUGCCGGGCAACAACAGCACGCUGCCGCGUCCGAUUGCCGGCAAAUUAUUGAAAUUUAUGAUUAUUGUUUGCACCUGCUGAGCACGCAGCACACAACGAAUCACGCCAUCAUAAAUGCCGCACUCGAGGUCAUCAAUGGCAUACUCCAGGCACUGCACGAUGCUCCAGGAGCUGCUGCACAGGCGGCGGGGCCAGCCGGUGUUGGUGGACUGGCACAAAGUUUACGCCAACUGCUGUGCAAUCAACAACUGGAGCACAAUGAGUAUUUGCGGCGAAGGAAAUCAUUAAAAAAUCAAAUAUUCCAAUUGAGAAAUUACGAAGUGGGCACAAGUCGAUGGGAGGAGGUGCCCGGAGGGGCAACGCAAAUGCAAAUGCAAAUGGCAAAGAAUUCAAAUGCCAAACUACAGCAGCAAAAGUGUCAACAACAACAAAAACAACAACAGCAACUGCAGAUUGGCAUCAACUUGCUGCAAGUCGUGGGAAUUAAUGCCAUGGCUGAUGAUGCUGACACCGAGAAAGAUGCUGCUGCAAGUUCCGCUGCUGAUGAAGCAAAAAAAACAUCGCGACAACACAUUAGAAAUGCUGCACGAAGCAUUAGCGAAUGCGUGGCAAGCAGCGCUUCAGAUGAGGACGAGCAGCCAGCUGACGAUAAUGAUGAUGCCAACGCUAACGCUAAAGCUAAUGCUCCUGCUGAUAAUGGCGAUGAUGAUGAUGCUGAUGAUGAUAUGGAGCUGCUAAGUGCCAAUGCGGACGAUGAGUACGAGGGCUUCACAACGCUGUCACAACUAAAUGAAACACAACCAACUGUGACAGAUGCAUUGAAAAUGCCAAAUAUAACAGCUUCUGGUGCAGCAGGAGCAGCAGCAGCAGCCGAUGUGAAUGUUGCAUCACUGCCUAAAACUCUGGCCGUGCAGCAUCAGUCGUCGAUGCAGAAUUUGCUUGCUAGCGAUGACAGAUCCCAGCAUUUGAGUGACAUCGACAAUGAAUCCUUCAACAGCAUCGAUUUCGAUGCGGAAAUAACAAUUGCUGGCGUCAGAGAGCAACAGACAGACGCAACAGCAACAGCAACAGCAACUACAAUGACAACAGCUACAGCAACAGGAACAAACGAGCCAGCGGAGUCAACGCCAGAUGCAACAACCAUUGGCACAUUCUUCAACAAUUUGCUGUCCCAUUCAAAUGCAGCUUCAGAGUCGGUCAGUAAGCUCUUUCGUCAAUCAAGCGGCUCCAAAUCCACGCCAUCCAAGUUGGCGCCAACCACUGAUAAAUCGGAUGCUGCAUCGACGGCUUCGCUAACGCUCUCGUUGAGCUCGUUAGCCAGCAGCAGUGCGGCUGGGCCGCAGGAGCGUCAGCCUUCAAUAACAGAGACGCCCACGCCAGUCGAAGAGACUACAGGUUCGGGCAGUGGCUCGUACACGGCAUCUACGGCGCUGCUGAUGGAUGCACCAGCUUCUGCAGUAGCAGCAGCGACAGCUUUGGACGACUCUGCAGUGGAACCGCAGCUACGUCGGACGCCCAACGCUAAUCCCUUUCUGGAGGAGAGCUCACCGCUGAAGCAAACGAUAUCGGGUCAUGCGCUAAUCAGCGUGAAAAUUGGCAGCAUUCUGGAGCAAUCCCUGGUUUACUACACAGCUCGUCUGCUCGCUGCACGUUUCCUGCUCAGCGGCCAGGCAUCAGGUCUGCAGCCGGACACUGUAAGUCGUGUGUCCAUCAAGAGUCUAUCGUUGGCAGUGAUUGCGCAAUGUGUGCGACUGGCGCCACGCGUGUUGCAGUUGCCGCUAGAGAUCAGCGAGCAGGAGCUGCAGUUGCUUGUCCAAAUUAGUGCAAAUAGCACCCAAGCUUCCACUCCGCAGAGCAGCAACGACUCGCAGCGGAGCGCGGAGCUGUGUCAAUCAAUGACAGGAUCGCUGCUUGAGUCAGUUGUCGAUAAUGAGGAUAAUCAGCUACUGCUGGACAUUAAGGAUGAUCAUUUUGGACCCAGCACCUGCCCUGCUUAUCUGCAGCAAUCGCCUACCUUGAGUCGUAGUGCUGAUGCUACGCUGCUGCAAUCUCAAUUGGAGAAGAGGCGUCAGUCGAAUCUACAGCAGCCCAAUGCGUCCGAAAGUCAUCUCUCCAGAUCAGAGAUCAUCGGCCAUUCGUAUCGCAUCACAGUGGCUGCAGAAGAUGCUCCGCCAUUGGCUCUGCCACCGGUGCCGCCUAAGCGAACUAAGUCGAUGCGCAGCCGCGCGAGCUAUACGCCUCCACGUACGAGCCCGCCUACAGCAAGCGCUGGUGGUCAAGCGUUGGCGGAUGUGCUGCUCUUCCACGGACACUGCGAUCCCAUGCUGCGUGGCGGUGUACAGCAAAUAGUGGGUAGCUUUGUGCAGGCGAGCGGAGCCGGUCGCUGCUUGCAGCUGCAGCCUGGAAUCGGCCUGCCGCAUUUGUUGGCCAUUUUGCUGAAGGGCUUUGAGGACGAGAUACACACAGUGGUCAUACAAGCGUUGAAUGCAUUCGAUAAGAUAUUUCCGCAUGUGGUGUCCAAAUAUUUGACAGGGCCGCCAUGUCAUUAUCAUGCUCAUCAGAAGCGACAGCAGUUGCAGCAGCCAAGUGGACAACAAAAGGGUCCCGGCCAGGCCCAAACAUUUGGCCAACAAACUUUUCCAAAGAAUCUGGAUAAUGCCUUAAGCAGUCAGCAGCAGCAACAGCAGCAGGAGCAGGAGCAGCAACAAUGGCACUCUAACGAUGACAACUCGAGGGCAGAUGAGACCAGGAUGUGUGCCAGGUCGUCAGCCACUGAUAAUGAUGAGCUGCUAGCUGCUCUUUUGAAUGAUUUUCAAUUGCAAUCGAAACGCUUGCAGCAGCAGCAACAGUCCACGAACAACAUUAGCCAAUAUAAUGAGCCUGGCCCCUGCUGUGUGUUUGCCAUUUCACCAAAAUUGCUCUUGAACAAACUUCGAUUGUGUCGUCACAAUAAAUACUGGUUGGUCCAGAAUAAAUAUGCCGAAGUUAUUUCCAAUUUAAAUUACGUACUGCUACGCUCCUACUACGCAAAUUUCGAUUGUGCCUUUGACAACAACAACAACAGUAGCAGCGACAACGAUAUGGAAUUGGAGUCGAAAAAUCAGAGUGCAGCUACGACCGAUGCCUGUAACUGGAAAAUGGCUGCCUGCAACAAGGACAUUGUCUGCACUUAUGAGGCUCAAUUCCUGGACGAACUUAUGCAGUUGCUGGGCGACGAUGAUGCGCGUGUAAGGGAGCAGGCAGCCCACAGUCUGUGCCGCUUUAUAAUGCAAACAGCGCGCCAACAGGAGCUAACAACAACAACAACAACGAUGCGAAUUGAGGAAGGAAACAUGAAUGCUGAAACUCAACAAACUAAUUUCAAUUUGCUUUGGGAUUUUUUCGACUAUCGCAUAUUUGGCAGCAUGUCCGUGACGUUGCGUAAUUUAUUCCGGGCUAGCUCAACGAUUGCCUCUCCAAUGGCAGCCCUAGAUUCCGGAGAGCACGGUCACGGGCCGUAUGCUGCCACCGCAGAAGCUGUUGUUGGUGUUGGCGGUGGCGGUGGCGGCACAACGAUUGGUUUGGGCAGCUCUGUUGGUGGUGCAGCCGCUGCGGCGUCGGCCUACUUUGAUGGCAGUUACGGUGACGGCCAUGUUUUUGCCUUUGGAUUUCAACGUCAAAUUGCGCAAGAGGAAAAAGUUUUGGCUAAAGUUUUGUAUCGCAUGACAAAUAAAUUGAUGACGCUCAAUGAUAAAAAUUUGCAGUUUGGCAUAAUUAACGCGCUGCGGCUGCUGCUAAAGCACUUCAAUUUCGUGGACUAUCAACAGGCCUGGACAGAAUUUAAUUUUAUUGAAAUUUGCAUGAGCUACGCGUAUUACAAUAGUGCAACAGCUGGCGACUUGAAUUGCCAGAACGAUUUGAUUGAUGUGAUGGCCAAAUUAAUAGCAGGUGGCAUGUUGAGCACGGGCGAGGCGCCGCCCGCUGACCAGCUGGAAUUUCUGCUGCGUCACUGCGUCAAGCUGCUCAACAUUUACUAUCAUCUGGUGGGCAAUCAGCGCCCAGUGCAGCCGAGCGGCAGCAGCAGCAGCGGGGGCAGCAGCAACGCUGGUGGUGGCAGCAACUCCGGCAAACCACCCAAGGCGGGCAAGAGCGAGCUCUUCUCGCUGAGCGGCAGUGGCAGAGAGACGUUGGCGACGCUUCAAGCGAUGGGUUACUUUGCCAGCGAUUACGUUUACAUGAAACUUUACAACAUUUUAAGAGGUGCUAAUGACAGCUACAAGAUAACUAUAAAUCAGGAUGCUGGCGGCUUAUUAAUUUGCCUGCUGAAGAGCUGCCUCAACGCGCUUAGUCUCUGCCUGGAGGCAUCAAUGCCACCGCCGCUGCCUGCGACUGCAGCGGCCAAUGCGCCGGCUCUGAAAUUAAUUGAAGAAAUACUACAGUAUUUGACCAAGCUCAUAAAUUAUGCACCCGGCGAGUGUGUUGCCUGUCUGCGGCAACUGUUGAAAUAUUUAUUUGGCCAAAAUUAUGCAAGCCAAGUGCAGCAGCAGCCUCUCGGAUACCAUGCCACAUUUGUGCGCCCCUACUUUGUGGCCAAGCACUGUGCCAACGGUCCUUCCACAAUGUUGCCACCAGCUGCUAUAGGCUCGACAGCAACACCAACAACAACCGAUGCCCCUGCAACAAUGCAACAACUAACUGCAACACAUCCAAUACUGGGCUCCCUUUUCAUGCGGGGCAUGCAGUCGGAUACUCCGCCAUCGGCUGACUGCGUCCGGCUUAUAAAGCUGUUCGAGCCGCUGGUCAUCUACUGUUUGACGCUCUUCAUGAAGUCCAAUGCCCUGAUACAGGCGCCCAUAUUGAAGUUACUAUCGCAGCUGCUCGACCUAAAUGUUACCUACAGCAUUUUAGACUCAAAGAGUGUUAUUUUUGAGCAAAUACUAAACAAUUUGGACCUAAUUGAAAAUGGCAUCGACAGAAAUGCCGGCCUUAUAGUGCCUGUUAUGCUGAAGUUUCUCAUGCAGCUGACCCAUAAGAGCGACCGUCCAUUGAUAACCAUACCGAAGAUCAUAAGCGUGACCAACAAUCUGUUGGCAAAUGGCGCAGUGCGGGAUGUGGCGCUGCUGGCAUUGAAAACGCUCAGUUACGAAUUGUUCUUUAUGCAUAGCCCCCUCGAUGAGGCGCUAGAGGAGGAACAACAGCAACAGCAGAGAGGCAGCUGCCAGAGUCCGUUAACGGCGGUGGCUACGCAGGACACAAAGGAGGCUCUGUUGGCGCAACGGCGCGAACUGGACACACAGAAGGAAGUUGUGCUGGGCAUGCUGGAGAAGUUUGUUGAUGCGCGAGCCGUGCAACAAUUGCUGGCGCUUUUGCUGCUGUACGAGCGGAGUUUGCAACAGCUGGACGCGCCAAAAUAUCUAAGCGCACAGGAUGCGAAUGUCGUUUAUGGCUUGGUCUGCCGCUCGCUAGCCACCGGACAGUUGCGACUGCACACAUUCGUUGAUCUGCGGCUGCUGGAAAGCUGCUUUCGCAACAAUGGCAACUAUGUUCUGGCUGACAGCAAGGAAUUUCUGCAAUUGUUGCAGCUCUUCAUUGAACAGGACGUUGGCAACUUUGGUGAUUUAGCGCUAGCAAUGAUUACGCUGGCAAAUGUAAUUCUGAAAACCGAAGAAAUUUAUCUGGUGAAUCACAUAAAACUUUAUUUGAAAAAUAAUCCUCAGGCCGAGCAGGCCGCAGCAGCAACAGCAACAAUAGCAACAGCAACACCGACAACACCCACGCACUGGCAGGAUGAAGCACCUUCGACAUCUUCGGCAGCUGCCGCCGCCAGAGCCAGCGCUGCUGCCUCCACACGAGCCACUUCACGACCCACCAUAAGCGAAAUUAACUACUUUGCCAAAGUUUUGAGCGAGAAGCUGUUGGGCUGUCUGGAUGCGCUGCUGGCUCUGGGCACUGGCUGCGAUUUGGGCUCGAGCCCGUCUGGCCAUGCCUAUUGCCAAUUGGCUGGGCGCUUCGUUAACGCGCUGCACAAUGUUUGCUGUCGCUCACGGCACAAGGAUGCGCUGCAAUCAGUUUUUCGUUCGGUUUUGGCCGAAUCUGAGUUCCUCUGUAAAUACUACAAUCUACUUCUGAUGAGUGCUGCCGGCGGCGAUGCCUUGGAGCCCGUGCUGCUCGCCUGCCAGCAGCUGAUGUUGUCCAUGCGGCUGCUGGAGCCGAUGGUGCUGUUGGGGCAGGCAGCCGAGUUGCCGCUAAAGUGGAGCCUGCAGCGUGCCAUGUUGAACGAACUUUGCCGUGGCACUGUGGCAAUGGAUUGGAGCCCGCAACAAGUGCGUCGCCUGUGCGCCGGCAAAUAUCUGAAUUUCCUAAUUGCUGACCACUUGGAAUUCCUUUGCGAGCUCUGCCAAGUGCGUCCCGAGUGCGGCUCAUUACUGCUGACGGCGCUGAUCCGUCAAGCGCACAACUUGAACAAACACUCGAUACGCAGCAUCUUGCGCCUGUUGAGCCACAUUUGCGUACCGCAACAGCAGCGGCAGGUAGAUGUGGAUGUGGCGGCAACCACAUUGCAGUCCCUACAACUGCUUAGUCGACUACAUCAGCUACACGACGGCCAGCGAGCACUGCAGCUGCCCAUGGAGCGGCUGGCUCGACGACUGACGGCCCAAAGCAGCCCGGCCACCAGAAGCAGCAUCUACGAGCAGCUGCUGCAAGGCGAGCUGGCUGGGGCAGAUGACCAGGAUGAGCUGCGUACCUUGCUGCUGAAGGACUUGGAGUGCCCACAGGACAAUAGCCCAGCUGCUGCAGCGCCGCGCAUAAUUGAUGAGAGCUGGCUCUUUGGUCAGCUAAUCAAAUUUGCCACACAGCAUGCAGAUGCGCCGCAACAGCAACAGCAGCUGAUGCGGUUGCUGCUCGAGAUUCAAUCGGAGGCCAAGCUGCAGCGUCUGCUGCGCAGCCUGGGUCCAGCACAGGAAGCGCGCCUACUGCGCCAUGCUCUCGAUGGCGCUCUCUCCUCGAUGUUGGCCACCUUCAGGCAGAAAUGCAUCCAGCAUGCGCCCCACAUCAACUACAUGCAAUUGCCGCCUUUGGCGCGUGUGGCCUGUGCAUCGCUGAUGACACGCUUGGCCCAGUCGCAGUCGCAGUCGCAGUCGCAGACGCAGCUGGCUGUGGGUGGUGCGGAGCAAUUGGAUGUGGCCCGGGCGCUGACCACGUUGCUGGUGUCCAUUCAACGCCUAGAGCAAACGGCGCUCAUUUACAUCGAUGCCAAGCACAUUGAAAAGUUUGUGGCCGAGCACUUGCUGCGCUCUGAGCAGCUGCCAUUGCUGCUCGCCUUUGGGCGUGGCUUGGCCAGGGAAGCCCUGCAACUAGUUCAAGCUGUCAGCGAUCCAGAUGAUGGCCUGGGCGUAAUGCUGACCUGCCUGGAUGCCCUGCUGCAGCAGCCACGCAUCUGGUGGGCGCUCAAUUCCAGUUCAAAUGAGUUUCGUGUGGAGCUGCUGCAAGUGCCGGUGCGCGCUGCAUGCCACAUGCUGCAGGAUACAAUUUUCUAUCAACGACAUCGUCUGCACAGCACGCAGCCGGCACCGCAAGCCAUUUUCCUAGCCAAAUUGAUUGAAACGCAAAUUGAUAUGGAAUCCAUGCUGCAGGCCGAAAACGAAAAUGUUCGCUUGCCGUUUGCCGGCCAUGAGUUGGCGCCGCUUCAAGUGCCGCUGCCGCUUAUCGCCUCCAUUGGCACCUCGCUGCUGCGCACACAUCAGUUUUACGCCUACGCAGUGACACCUUACGAGCUGGUCCAGCAGCAGCAGCAGCAGCAAGAACAGCAACAGCAUUCGGCAACUGCUGCCAGCGGGAGUGGCAAGUUGCCCACAAUACCUGUGGAUAGCCUGAGUGAUGUGGAUGUGCUACGUCAGUUUGUAAAACGGCUCUCCAUAUUUGGCUACACAACACGUCAGCAGUUCGAGGAAUACUUCAUGACAUUCCUGCUGCUGAUCAACAAGGUAUACGACGAGCACAUGGUCGAUCAGCAGGAACAGUUCCAGAUUAAGCAGGUCUGCCUGCAGGCCAUCAUGGAGCUGCUGUCAACCUAUAAAACUUUUCCCAUUGCCGGCCAUGGCAACAGCCAGUUCUAUCACACGACACGCUGGCAGCGCAUCAAUUGUGACAGCAUUAGCUUGAAGAAACUGCACAAGGUGCAGCUGGUAGUCGAUGCUACGUGCAACGUCUUCUAUCUGGCCAAUCUGGAACGACAGCCAAGGGUGGACAAUGUGAUUGGCACACGCAACUUUGCGGCCAAUCAAUGCGAUCUCAAUUUCAGUUGGGCUCUAAUGGAGGCAUACGCACAGUCUCCCCCAUACGGCGUUGUCCCUGGCGAUGGGGCAGACGUGGCCAGCAGUGAGCUGGGCAAACAACGCUUAUCGACGUGGAACAACAACAGCGUGACUGACAUCAACUGGCGCAACUACCAGCAUUUUGUGCAACUGUCUGGCAUCGACAUUCGGAGCAGCACGCAGCUGGUCUUUGACGUACUGCAGCAGAUGAUCGAGCUAAAUCACGUCCUAGUGCUGCCCAAUCUGGUCAAGUUCUGUGAAAUUUGCGAGAGUCGUGAUCAAAUCAAAUGGAUUAAGGACCGCACACUGCGACUGCAGGAGCAAAUCGCCAUGGAUGACACCAUAUCGCAUGAGCACAUAAUCUACUUGCUGUGCCGCACGCAGGCCCUGCUGAUACCUAGCCAUGGCGAGCUGCAGCACUUGGCGGCGCUGAUUGGGAACGUCUAUUUGAAGAGCUCGCAUUGCUUUAUACGGAUUGCGGCCCUCCAGGGUCUGCUUUGUCUGCUCGAAUGCUGUAGUCGAACCAACACGGCAAUCGGCAAGCUUAGUGAUGAACUUGCAUUGCUGCGUGACUUAAUUGUUGGCUACAUCAAUCGUCAUGGAAUCAUUGAUGAGAGCCCGCUGCAGUUCAGUGAUGCACAUACGAAGCUGGUCUGGACGCUCAAUUACAGCCUGAUCGAGUGGACGUCGAAAUUUGUGCCGCAAUGUCAUUUACUGUCGAACACAAUUAUUGCGGCCAAUAAUUUUCUGAAGAAGACACACAAUGAGGAGCUCUAUAUCUGUGUACUGCAUGGUCUCGAGCGCAUCGUUGUGAGAAGCGGCUGUUCGAGUGCAGCGCCUACCGCAGUUGAGGCCAGCGGAAGUGGUGCGAGCGGGGGCGCUGCUGCGGCUGGCGGCGAUGGAGCUGGAGCUGGAGCUGUGGUCACACCGCAGUUGCGACAUAAAAUUGAAAAACUUGCGCUCGAGUUGCUAAAAAUGGAAAAUGAGAAAUUUUCAAUUCCAGCAUUGAAAUUGCUUUUGUCCUGCAUGUAUGUGGGUUCGUCGAGUCAGCUGGAGAAUACGGAGCUGUCGAAUGGCAUUGUGCAGGAUGAUCCAGAGAUAAUCGCGCUGCAAAGCGAUAAAGUCGAUAUACUUUUGCAUUGUAUUAAAUCAUCGAGUCGAGACGCUGCCUGGAUUUAUGGACAAGUGCUGUGCCAAAUUAUACGUGAUUUAGUGCCACCGAAUGAAAUAUUGACGAAGGUCAUAAAGGAGUUCCUGGCCAUAAAUCAGCCGCAUGGCGAUGUUAUUGCCACGAUUGUGUAUCAGGUGUUUCGCUCGGCUAUUGACUCGUCGUUUCUGCAAAUGCUGCAGGACUGGCUGAUCUGCACGCUGCCAACGUUUUUGGCCCAGCCAGAGCAGCAAGGUGUCUGGGGUCUAAGCGUCAUCUUUUUAUCCGCUUCCAUAAAUCUGCAUUUGAUUAAACUAUUUCCGCUGGUGCUCGGCAAUGGGGCAUCUGCCUCUGGUCCCGCUAACGCUGCCACUCCCAUCGCCGGCCCCGGACCUGGGCCCGCAGCCACAUCCGCCUGCGGCAGCGUCUGGAUGCCACCACGGAAAUUGGGUCAACACGAAAUUGCAUUGUUCGUGACAGCUGCACAAGAUUUCCAUGCGAAAUUGAGUGCCGAGCAGAAGUUGCGCUUUCGCGAGGCCUUCAGGAACUAUGAGCAGAGUCAGGUCUAUGCCGCCAUGUUGCAGCGCCUCUGAUAGCGUUCAAAUCGGCAUGGAGCCCCAAGGAUUUCGCAGCGGAUUUAGCCGAAAAAUAAAUAAGUAAAAGACGAAGAAGCCGCGCAGGAGGCAGCCAAACUUACGCCCAGGACAAGCGCAAGCGUGAAUAACUAAUUGCUCUGCUCAACGCUUACAAAGUUCAGACGGAUGUCCUCCCACGCCGCCGCUGCGGCGCUCUCCCAUGCAAAACUUCUAUAAUAGUUUGCGAAUUCAAAAUUAAUUUAUGGUUUACAUUAUGUGUAACUAAUAUUUAAAUUAUUUUCUCCCCUCCUCCAAACUCUAACGACCCGCAAUUAAUUUCUGAGCUACAGCUCUGCCUCUCUCUCUCUCUAUCUCUCUAUCUGUUGCCUUUUAGAAAAUUGUGUUUUCUUAAAAGUUUUCCAUUAGUAUGCAGCUUAAUCAAUUGCUAGUUAAUUUGAUACCAAAUUCCAUUAUGCGAAAAGUCAAACCAGCGAUCAAUUUGAAUUCCAAGUCCAAGGCAAAAAAAAAAAAAGAAAAAUGUAUUGU